AUGGAAGCUGAAGUUGAAGAAGCUUUUAGUGUACUUAAUAAUACCAAAAAUAAAUCUAUUACUGCUUCACAUGCAAAUAUUAAUAGAGAUGGAACCAGAAUGUCAUUGCUAGCUGCUAUAAACAUCUCUUCAAAAAAUAAAAGUCAAACACAAAAAUAUGUAGAAUCAGCUAAACGUAAAGAUACAGCUAAUAUUAAUACACAAGCCUCUGAAGAUUUAUCACAACAAGAACAAUAUAUAUCAUUAUUGGAAAAGAGGAUUCAAUUGGAAGAGAAACUCUAUGAAGCUGUACUUAAAAGAAAACAAGUGGAAAGAGAAUAA